UCGAAUCCACCGCAUACGGCAAAAUGGAAAUGUUAAUUUUGCGGUAAAAGAUCCGUAAGAAUAAUUUUGAUGCGUCGUGGGCAAAGGGGGAACAACCGAAAACGGCAAUCGGGAAGCUUCUCUGCACCAUUUUUUCCGAUUUCUGAGGUUGAAGUUUCAUCAAUCUCAGCCAAGAAGGAUUCCAUUAGAGCUCAGCUUUAGAGAUCGGCCCCCAAUUUGUAUUCUACGGGAACAGAUCUAAUCUAUUAAGAUGAAUAUCUUUAGAUUAGCAGGUGAUAUGACCCAUCUUGCAAGCGUUCUCGUCUUGCUCCUCAAGAUUCACACCAUUAAAUCCUGUGCUGGUGUUUCUUUGAAGACUCAGGAGCUAUAUGCAAUUGUUUUUACGACCCGCUACUUGGAUAUCUUUACCGACUUCAUAUCUCUGUAUAAUACGGUCAUGAAGUUAAUAUUCUUGGGAAGUUCUUAUUCAAUUGUUUGGUAUAUUAGACGUCACAAGAUUGUUCGUCGGUCAUAUGACAAGAACCAAGACACUUUCCGCCAUCUAUUUCUUAUCUUACCUUGUUUUGUCUUGGCCCUACUUAUCAAUGAAAAGUUAACAUUCAAGGAGGUGAUGUGGACAUUUUCUUUGUAUUUGGAAGCUGUUGCCAUCCUCCCCCAGCUUGUACUUCUACAACGAACGAAGAAUAUUGACAAUUUGACUGGGCAAUACGUAUUUCUUCUUGGUGCAUACCGAGCUUUAUACAUUGUUAACUGGAUCUACCGAUACUUCACCGAGCCUCAUUUUGUACACUGGAUAACUUGGAUUUCUGGGCUCGUGCAAACGCUACUUUAUGCCGACUUCUUCUAUUAUUAUUUUCAGAGUUGGAAGAACAACCAAAAACUCCAGUUGCCAGCUUAAGAACUUGGAACCAACAUUUAUAUAUAAAGGAGAAGUCGCUUCACUUAUGACAUUCAGUUGUAUUUGUUUUUUUAGUUCACAGUUACCACAAAAUCCUGAUCUUUCUCGAAUCUUCCCAAGCGUGUGUUGUUCGCUCUGUUUAAACAGUUUUUGAGAGUGGCAGGUACUUUUAUUACUACUAAAUCAAUAGAGAAUACAUGCCUGUAAGUUUGUGCUGUGAAGAUUCUUAUUCUCAAUCUCCUUCCACAAAAAGACCCCUUAGCAAUUUUUAAGCAAUCUUUAGAAGUUUUGUGAUGUCUUUGAGGGGUUUAGAUAGAUGCAUUGUAGUGUGGCUAUCUAUGUUCAUGUUAUAAUGAGAUUACAUUGACCAUUCAUCAGCA